ACUAUUUUGUUCAUCUGCAAUCUGCCGAGAAGGUGGGGGAGUUGGAAAGACAGUAAUGCUCCACGCUAGGGUUUUCCAGAGCUAAACCCUAGGUCUGUGCGUUCUCUCUCAAUCUCUUCUACGCCAUGGGCAACGGUUCUUCUAUGCUCACCCAAUAUGACAUCGAAGAAGUCCAAGAGCACUGCCGCAACACCUUUUCGCAGCAGGAGAUCGUUUCCCUGUACCAGAGAUUCUGCCAGCUUGAUCGCAACGGCGGAGGUUUCAUCUCCUCAGACGAGUUUUUAUCUAUACCUGAAGUCGCUGUCAAUCCACUUUCCCAGAGAUUGAUGGGGAUGUUAAAUGGAUUGAACUUCAAGGAAUUUGUGGCAUUUUUGUCAGCAUUCAGUCCUAGAGCGAGCCAGCAACAAAAGAUUGAGUUUAUCUUUAGAGUAUAUGAUUCAGACUGCAAUGGAAAAGUCACAUUCAGCGACAUAUUGAACAUUUUGAGGGAUUUGACUGGACAGUUCAUAUCUGAGCAACAAAGGGAGCAAGUGUUGACUCGUGUCCUCGAGGAAUCAGGGUUCGCGAAAGAUUCAACAUUAGGCAUAUCCGACUUCAUGAAGGUUCUGGGAAACUCUGGCAUAAAGAUGGAUGUUGAGGUUCCUAUCGACUGAAAAAAAAAAGAAAAAAAAAGUGUGUGUGGGCAUUUAUUUGAGAUAGCAAUGUAGCACCAAAUCGUACUAGUAAUUCAUUUAGUGGAUAAUUGCAUAAUCAUCUGUUGUAACUUGUAAGCCUUUAUAAUUAUUGGCAGUAGUUCAAGUGUUCAACCUGUUUAAUAACAUGUUUUGUGGAUAACUUCAAGCUGUUGAGUAGUAGGGACAUUUUUAGAUAA